CCCCUUUGAUGCAUAAUUUACAAGUACAACAUUGUUUGGGUUUAAAACAAAUUAUUUUCAACAAAAUUAUAAUCACACAUAAUUUUUUUUUUUUUUAAAUAAAACAUUUUAAAUCUAAAAAAAACUGUCUCUUUAAAAUGUGCUGCUUACGUCAUUUUUCUAACUGCGCAGCGGAUCACCGGAAGGAAGUGGGUGUUAGCUGACAAAGGUUAGCAGCUUACAUUUCGGACGCUUGCUGUGGGUUCUAUGGAAGAGAUGUCAGGAGAGAGUGUGGUGAGCUCGGCAGUGCCGGCAGCUACAACACGAACAACGUCCUUCAAAGGAUCCAGCCCCAGCUCAAAGUAUGUGAAGUUAAAUGUUGGUGGAGCGCUGUACUACACUACAAUGCAGACACUAACAAAGCAAGACACAAUGCUUAAAGCCAUGUUCAGUGGCAGGAUGGAGGUGCUCACAGAUAGUGAAGGUNNGAUCCUUAUCGAUCGCUGUGGGAAACACUUUGGAACAAUCCUCAACUUUUUACGAGAUGGAGCUGUCCCACUGCCAGACAGCCGUCGAGAAACUGAGGAACUUCUUGCUGAGGCCAAGUACUACCUUGUUCAAGGGCUUUCUGAUGAAUGCACAGCUGCCUUGCAGAACAAAGAAACAUAUGAACCUCUAUGUAAAGUGCCUUUGAUGACAUCUUCUAAAGAAGAGCAAAGACUUAUUGCAACUUCAAAUAAACCUACUGUAAAGCUGCUGUAUAAUAGAAGCAACAACAAAUAUUCAUACACCAGCAAUUCGGAUGACAACAUGCUAAAGAAUAUUGAGCUGUUUGACAAGCUGUCUUUGCGGUUCAACGGCCGAGUACUUUUCAUCAAAGACGUAAUUGGAGAUGAGAUCUGUUGCUGGUCGUUUUAUGGCCAGGGUCGGAAGAUUGCUGAAGUAUGCUGCACUUCCAUUGUGUACGCCACAGAAAAGAAACAGACAAAGGUUGAAUUUCCCGAAGCACGAAUCUAUGAAGAGACUCUCAACAUCCUUUUGUACGAGUCUCACGAUGGCCGGGGUCCAGACAAUGCUCUUCUGGAGGCCACAGGGGGUGCCGCUGGACGUUCUAACCAUCUGGACGAGGAAGAAGAGCGGGAACGAAUUGAACGAGUUCGUAGAAUUCAUAUCAAACGUCCAGAUGACCGCACGCACCACCACCAGUGACUUUCCUCCUCUGACUCGCCAAACUGCAUCUCUGACCUUGGAUAGUCUGUGUGCCGUGCUUGUGCCUUACAACUGAGUGCUUCACUUUCUGACUUCCUGUCUUUUAUCAGCCUUUUUGAUGAGAUGGAAAUGAGUGAAUUUGAUCUGUGUUUAGUGAUGGAGUGAUUUAGUGUUUUCUGUUUCUUUGUCUUUUCUUCUGAAACUGUAGCAUUUUGUAUGUUGGCCACAGCAGGAGCUCAGAGAUGUGCAUGUGUGCAACCACAAUUUCACCAGCCUGUGACAGAGACAACUGACAGUAUAAAUCUUUUUUAUUUUAUUUUAGUUUUUGUAUGUUUUGAGUGUGUCUCUGUGUGACAUAGAGGAUAAGAAUUAUAUGAAUUAGGUGAAGAAGACAUAAAAAUAGUUGGUCCUUUUGGAUCCACUAGAAACUCCUGCUGUUCCUUUUAAGGCCACACGAUGGCACUGUUUCACAUGUUACAAGCGAGGCCUACUUUUGUAGCCUGCAAGAUAUUAAACUUUUCUAAAAUUAUAUAUAAGAUAUCAAUAGAUGCAUCGUUUCACUGUAUAAUUUCGGUUAUUUGUAUUUUCACUCCACAAAACUAACCAGUUUUUUAGCAAAACGAACCUGAAUAGUGACUUGGUGUGUUGAGUGCUCUUGGUUGAUUGAAUGAUGUAAUGAGUGAGUGUAACUGGAGAUCUUCCUGGCAGGAAAGGAGCCCUGUCUACAAGCUUUUAACAGGGAGGGAAAUUAGACCUGUCUUUCAUCAUUGCAUUCAUUAAGGAAUGUAUUGUUUGCACACUAAAGGUUUAAGUUGAAAUUUGUCUCAUUGCAAUUCACACACAUCUGUUGUACAAAAACGAACUGAAGUGUAUGUUUUAUAUUUAUACAUUAUAUUGAAUAAAUUUCUACAAAGA